ACAGACCAGCAAUCAGACGAGCUAGCUAGCCUCAGGCGCAGCUAGUCAUAGCUUUCUUUCUUUCUAGGCAGCACACCUCUCUUCCUCUCCAACGCUUGUUGCUCCCCUCGCUUCCAAUCCAGCCUACUCAACUCAAACUUCCACACGCCGGGAGAGAAAGAGAGCCAUGCACAGCUACAGAGCCAUGCACCCCCACCCCCACCCGUACCACACCGCCCCUGCCCCCCCGACCAAGAUGGCCAGUGGUGGCCAUGGCGGCGCCACCGAGGAUGACGACCAGUCCAUGCUCCUCCUCUCCCUCUGGCCGCCCGGCCACCACCACGACGCAGCGGCCUCCUCCUCGGCGUGCUCCUCCCACUCCGUGGCCACUGCCGCGCACUCCACCGCGUCUUCGCCCUGGUUCAACCCAAGCCAUGUCUACCAUGGCUGUGGCGUUGGAGGCGGCGGCGGCGGCAGCGGCAGCUUCUUGUUCCACGAGCAGGACCCUAACGUGAGCGUGUCACUCUCCAUCGCCCCUCCGUCUCCGUGCGGUGCCAAUCUGGCUCCCUGCGGCGGGAGCUUCGCCGCGCCAGUCGCGCCGCCCUCGGCCGCCACGGCGGGCGGGAACCAGGUGCCCAGCCAGUACUGGAUCCCCUCCGCCGCCGAGAUCCUCGUCGGCUCCACCCAGUUCUCCUGCGCAGUCUGCAACAAGAGCUUCAACCGCUUCAACAACAUGCAGAUGCAUAUGUGGGGGCACGGGUCGCAGUACCGCAAGGGGUCGGAGUCGCUGCGGGGGGCGGUGACGGUGGGCACGGCUGCGCCGCCGCCGUCGCUGAUGCGGCUGCCGUGCUACUGCUGCGCGGAGGGGUGCCGGAACAACAUUGACCACCCGCGGGCGCGGCCGCUCAAGGACUUCCGCACGCUGCAGACGCACUACCGCCGUAAGCACGGCGCGCGGCCCUACGCGUGCCGCCGGUGCGGCAAGCGGUUCGCCGUGCGCGGCGACUGGCGCACCCACGAGAAGAACUGCGGCAAGCUGUGGUUCUGCGUCUGCGGCUCCGACUUCAAGCACAAGCGCUCCCUCAAGGACCACGUCCGCUCCUUCGGAGGCGGCCACGCGCCGCACAUCAUUGAGUCCGUGACCGUCGACGAGGAUGAGGACGAGGACGACGAGCACGACGACGGCGACCUGCAUCUGUACGACGAGAACGGCAACGCCGGCGAUGGCAGCGACAUGGUCUUGCUCUAGACAACUCCUCCUUCUUCGUUGUUAGCUUUGUUGCCUGCACGAUGUCUUUAGUUAGUACUAGUCCAUUAUGGUACGUAGCUUCUAGGUUUAGUUUCGCAUUGCUUCCCAAGUGCAUCAUCAUUAGUACGUCCAGAGUGCUUGCAUGGCGAGGUGUUACUGCCCUAGUGCAAGCUUAAUUAACUACAACUGUAUGUCUGUGUGUCUGUCUCAUGGAAGAAGUGUCGUAGUACGUACGGUCAGAGUCAUGCCGAUCGACCGAGAUGUGGUAGUGUACUGUGUCAUGGUCACUUCAUGUAUUUGUCGUCUGGUCUUUAUCUGCGUCUAAAGCCCUACCACUGUUUCAUGGUGUCC